UUUGAUCCCCUUAAAAGUUAAAAGUUUGGUGUGAUUGUUUUAAAUCAAUUUUGAGUCUUCUCCCUUUCAAAUAAAGGCGGUUUAAAAUUAAACAACGAGCAAUCCAGAGUUCGCUUCAUACCGGAGUUCUUCUCCCGGAGUUCCAUUGGGGUAUUCUCUUCUGCACAUUUGCCAUUCAUUCCAUACGUAUUUAGAUUCAUUCCUGAUUCUUACCAUUCUUCGCAGUAACCAUUCUUCGCAGUAACCAUUCUUCAGACCAUUAUUGUGCAGUUCUUUUUCUUUGGUUCAGAUAAACAUGAAGCUGCAAGAAUUGAUGAAGGCUGAGUAUGAAGUUUUGAAAGAAGGAGAGCACAUAAGGAUCGCCACUGCGUACGAACACGGAUCUCCACCCAUUGGCAUUGGAGCUUGGACGAGAGUAAGCCACGGCGAAUUGAGUCACGAAGGUGAACGACUAAAAAACGUCAUUUGGCAUGGAAGAACCUACUAUUGUGCUCCAGGCGCUGGCCAAUACCUGUCGGGGGAAGGCAUCUCCUUCCCCAUGACACCAAGAUCUCGAGCCGCCGCGGCCGCACGCAAAGCAGCCGCCCACGAAACCUCUUCUCCAGGCUCUGAUCCAUCAGCAUCCUGGCCUUGGCUGCUAUUAGGCUGUGUAAGUGCGGCUUUCUUGGUAUACUGUUCCUUGCCCAACGAGCAGCGUCAGAGCAUUGGGACUAUCAUGACGAGCUUCCGUGACACUGUGAAAGCUGCUCAGGAAAGCUUCCGGGAUGCCCUGACAGUAGCCAAAGAAACUGUACAGGAAGUGAAGCACAUAUCUGACAUGAUGCACUCUUAGUUUUUUCUUUUUUUUUUUGCAAAAUUGCCCUUGCUUUGCCCGGAAUAAGAAAUGCUAUAAAAUUUCUCUUUAAAAAUCCUGUAUAUACUCCCUUACGCUUUAGAAAUCCUGUAUACACACUAAAUUUCCUUUGAUGAUGGACCCUUAUUCCUUCACUGAGUGUGCUUUUAUUGGUUGUUUAUUUAGCAUGUACUGCCUCUGCUCUUGUCAGUUAUAGUUGCCAGUGUUGAAUGCGGAAUGUAUUGAACUCUCUAGAAAUAUGAUGCUGAGGAGACUCAACCUGAUUUCAACCCUAUCCUAACAUUGGAUAUGGGUAAACAGGUAGCUCCUAACAAUAACCCCCAACCCCCCUAAACUGCCCGCCCCAAUCUGGAGUUAAUGAGGGUAAGGAUGAUGGACCUCAAACUGAUCGAUUUGAGGAUGCUCUACAGAUCCUUGAGGAUAAUCCAUCUGAACCUAUUGCUGUGAUUACCCAAGUGGCUAUGUCUGAAACAGCCAAAGUCCCUGCUAAUAAUGCCUCUCUUACCAACAAUAAUUAUGUAUGUGCUACUCAUGUGGAUGAUAAUGUUAUCCCCUCUGAAUAUAUAGCUGUGACUAACCAUCAGGAUGUGGAUGGUAAAGCCGCAGACCACUCUCUGAACUCUAAUGACCCUAAAGACCUUUUAACUAAUGUUCAGGCUAUUGCUGCAGCUAUUAUUGGUAACCCCAUGCCUACACCUUCAUCACCAAUCAGUGCCCCUUCACAGAGCUACACUUGCAAUUCCCUGGUUCUUAAUGAUAUGAACCAGGAAGGUGAUGAGGUGAAUAAUCAAUUGGAAACAGAAUUGGACCCCAGAGAAACCCUUUCUGAAGGGGAACAAUCUAAAAAAACCAAACAGUUUUAGCACAACUCUUCUGGCCCCUCAAAGCCUCAUACUAAUACAGUUCCUCAUGCUUGUUUGGAAUAUUCGGGGGGAUCGAGAACUCCCAGUCCACUGACCGUGUUAACCUUUUAUGCAAAACUUAUCAUAUCAAUUUCCUGGCUAUUAUUGAACCCAAAAUAAAUCCAACAAUUCGCAAAAUAAAAUGAAGCAGUUUGGUUUUUCUAAUGCUUUUGCGCAUCGUCUUUAUAAAAUCUGGAUCAUAUGGGAUCCUUCUUACACUGUCAACAUUAUUUCUGACUUAUCUCAAUGCAUUAAUCUCUCUGUCACUACUAAUCAAAUGUACUUUCCUAUAUAUAUUUCUAUUGUUUAUGGUGGUAAUGACAGGAUUACUAGACGUACUUUGUGGGAUGACCUGAAUACUUUCAGGCAUAACAUAGGGUCUAAACCUUGGCUCUUGGGUGGAGAUUUCAAUGUCAUUAGCAAUGCUAGUGACUACAAUGGUAAGAGUAUUCCCAAUAAGUAUGAUAUGGAAGAGUUCACCGAAUUCAUUUUUUCAAACAGUCUUUCUGAGCUUAACUUUCAGGGUACUCCUUUCACUUGGAUGGGGAAUAGGAUGAAUGGUUUGGUUUUUAAAAAGUUAGACAGAGUUACGAUUUCAAAAGAGUUUUUGCAACUUAACUGGAAUCUAACUCUUAAGUGUUUGACGAAUAAAUGUGUUUCUGAUCACAACCCCCUUCUUCUUCAAGAAAAUUCUGCCCCUUUUACUGGUCCCAAAAGUUUUAGAUUUCAGCAUAUGUGGACUAAACACCCUUCCUUUCUUAAUACUGUCAAAACUUCCUGGGAAACUCCCUGUGAAGGUUAUGACAUGUGACUGUUUUCAAAUAGACUCAAACGGCUAAAAGUUGUGUUAAGAAACUGAAAUCAUGACAUUUUGGGAAACAUUUUUAAUCAACAGUCCGAAGCUGAGAAUGAAAUUGCCAUUCUUGAAGAAAAAACCUUGGAUUCCCUAUCUGAGGAAGAUCAGUUACUCCUGAAACAGGCUGAGGCUAGAUACAUUCAAGCCUCUUCCUAUAUAAACUCGUUUUAUAGGCAAAAGGCUAAAGUGAAAUGGCUUAAGGAUGGAGAUGCAAAUUCAAAAUAUUACCAUCUAUCCUUAAAAUCCAAACACAGCAAACUUAACAUCAACAAAAUUAAGUUGGACAACAGGUCCUGGAUAGAAACCAAUGAUGAUAUCAGUAGUGCUGCUAUUAUUUUUUUCACUGAUCUUCUUACUGCCAAUGAUACUACUGACCAUCUUGAUUCUAACUCUUAUCUCAAUAUUACCAGUCCUGUGAUUACUAAUGAGGAUAAAGAUCUUCUUAUGAAUCCUAUAACCCAUGAUGAGCUUGAGAUGGCUGUUUUUGGGCUGGAUAAAAACAGUUCCCAAGGGAGUGAUGGAUUUGAUGGUUUUUUCUAUCAAUUUUUUAUGACAUUAUUGGUAUUGAUCUUUAUAAUGUUGUGCCCGAAUUUUUUUUGUGGUGUUCCUAUCCCUAAGGCCAUAGCUCAUACUUUCAUUGCUCUUACCCCAAAAGAGAAGAAUGCUUACCAGCUUUCCAAAUUCAGGCCUAUUAGUCUUAGUAACUUUUUUAAUUAAAUUUUCACUAAGAUUAUUACUCUUCAUUUGACCCCCUUGCUUCCAAAAAUAAUUUCUGUAAACCAAACUUCUUUUCAAAAAGGAAAGGAAAUUUCCGAUAACAUUUUGGUUUUACGGGAGCUGGUUAACCGUAUUCAUAAUAAAAUUCGGGGGCAUAAUAUUAUUUUCAAGUUUGAUAUGCUGAAAACCUUGUAACCUUGGAAGUUGAAUUUCAGACAGAUUCAGCAAUGUUUUCUCACCCUACCAAUGUCCCCAAGCUCCAGCAUUUCAGCAUGUCGGUAAUUCGCCCCAUUGAUAUGAGGCACAUCAUUAGCUGGGUAGGAAAGGAUUGUCCUCAGGUUGAAUCUCUUUAUCUUGAUUUCUGGUUGGGAGACCACACUUGCUCAUAUAGUUUUCCACGCGAGGUGCCCACAUUUGGUCGUAUGAGGCAGCUUUACAUGCUAAUGGAGUUCAAUGAGUUGUUUGAUGUGACCCAAGUUGCUGCUUUAAUGACUGGCUGUCCACUGCUUCUGAGAUUGCAUUUAGUGGAGAUGAAGGAUGAUGACGACUACACAGGGAAGGACCUAAUAAGUGCAAUGCCAAAUGAUAUAUUGUGCUCCAUCCUCUCACGUAUGGAUACAAAAGAUGUGGUUAGGACUAGCAUAUUGUGUCGCAGAUGGAGUAACCUCUAUCUUUUUCUGCCUUAUUAUUCUUUUAGCUGCCGAUGCUCGUUCGAGAUUCCUUUCUUUGGCCAGUGUAGUUGUACAGCUGAGAACAAGAAGAAAUUUCUGACUGUCUUGGAUCGGUUUUUUAGAAUCCCUAGAGGAGCUGGCUGUGAAAAGAUUAAAUCUUUCAGCCUGUCAUCCCUAGAUGGGGUGUGGAAGAGCUUGCAUUCAGGCUGUGUUGUCAACAGAAUACAGAACAAAUCACAUUUCCGCUUCAGAAGCUUUUAUGCAAAGCAGCAGCAGCACCGAUGCUCAAAUCUCUGCAUUUGGUCGCAUGCAUCCUGGAACGGUGGAACCCUUCAAUCCCCAACAGCCUUUCAAGUCUCUAACAUCCCUAAGAUUGGGUUAUAUCGAAUCAGUUGAUGUGCAGGGCAUAUUGUCAUCAUGUCCGGAACUUGAGUAUAUAGUAUUCAUUUAAGACACUAAAUUGAUAGCAAUAUCUAAUGCUUCCAAAAAUGUCAAUCAAUUUCUAAUAAACACAUUUAAGUAACUUGAGG